UAGCAGAAUUUUGGCAUGACCUUACGGUCACCCUGCACACCGAUUCUGAAAACUUUUUUGGGAGGAUUUUGACCGACAAUUUAGGAGGGAAUAUCGCCGUUGCCUGAGCAAAAUGGCCGUGUACAGAUGUCCUAAGAGGAGUACAGAAAAAGAUCGCGAGACGGUAGAGGAGUUGAUCCUCGAUUAUGCAUGCAAGAAUUAUAUGGAUCAUGUUAUCGCAGCCAUUGUUGACCAUCAAGGGAAUGCAUCCUUCAAGGAAAACGAUGUUCCUCAUCUUCGUGUAGUGGCAGGCACCCUCCAUUCCAUCGUCAAGCGUGAAGACAUUGCGGAAUUCGACCACGCUCUGCUACUCCUGGACAUCAUCAACAAGGCAGCCCCUGAUUUAGUGCCGGCCAAGCAGUUUGUCAAACUGACGACUGGUAUCAAGACUAAGGUCAUGCUCCAUGAACUGUUACAGUCAAAGUUUGACUAUUGCAACGUCUGCGCCCGUCUCAACAGGUACUUUCCUAAAGCUGAACUCAAGACGACAGGAGUGAGUAAAGAAGACUUCAAACUUCACAGUUACCAGUUGCGAUAUCGUCGUCUGCUCACCAGACUAAUGCUCAGUGCGUCCGAGAGAGAGGCGUACCUGCGCAAUGAGAUGGACGCGGAGCUGGGUCCGGCUUAUACUGCAGCCAUUCAGCGACUGUUACGAUACUAUGUCGAUCGACUCAACGAGCGACUUAGCGUUCCUGUCAUUGAACAGAUUGUCUCUGAGGGUCCUGACUCCCAGAUCUCCCACGACAUCAUGGAUUCCCAAUCCGACUACAUGGACAAGCUUCUAGCAAUCAGCUUCUGUAACCCUCCCACUGAGGACCAGCUGCUGACCAUCCUCAAGGAAUGCUGGAAAGAGGAAGAAGAGAGGGAUACAGAGGACAAAAUGGAGAUGUCUGAUGGUGAUGACGAUGAUGACUGGCAGAGUGCAUCGGAUAUCUUUGACUUUCCCGCACCCCCAAACAAUCCCAGCAAAACAUCCAACAUUUCUUCCAGACUAUCAGACCCUCAAGGACGUCUGUCACUUCCCCAAGACAUCAGAGGCAGUGCUCCCCACGCAGCUCACUGUGAGAGUGGUCCCAACGAUGAACCGGCCCGAGAUAAAAAAGGGUCCAGUGACGCUGAGGCUUCUCAAUUUGCUGACUGUUUAGUCGUUGAUUGCCCGAGCAAAACUUCACUCCACCCUGUUGGAGUCCAUCGUAAACCCCCGCCUUCAAAGUCUCCAGACCCUACUGAUGAUAUCAAAGACGCUGUUUGCAGUGUGACAUUGGCAGAAGCAGCAUCCAGUACAAGAGCCGGUUUCUCUGAGACAGAUUUUUCGCAGAGGCCUGAAGCCUGGGACCAACAACAGAUAAUUGGAAGUGCUCCUAGAGAGCUAGAGGUUCUACCCGAACGUCUUCCUAAUCUGGAAACGCCUGGAACAAGUCAGAUUCUUCCUGAAUCAUCUGCGCUUAAAUCUGUCUUGAAAUCAGCUCUGUCACAGAGUCUUGAAGCCUCGGACCAACAACAGAUAGGUCGAUGUAGUCCUAAGGAGCUGAAAUCUCUGCCAAAUGGUCUUCCUACUCGGGAAACGACCGGUAUCAGCGACGUUCUUCCUGAGUUGUCCGUACAUCAGGAAACAGAUCUGAUGUCAAAUGCUUCGAGACAGAAUUACUUCACAGCAAACGAAACCGAAUCUCUGAGUUUUCAAACACAUUCGUCUGGUACAGAGGCUCCCCAGCCAAGCUAUCAAGCUGAUAGUUCAUUUCCUAAUCAGGAAGCUACAUUGAUAGGCUCGUCUGGUGCAAAAACAGUCAGCAAAAGCCGAAUUUAUCUCAGUAAAAGCGGACUGCAGAGCCGAUCACAGUGGAAACAGGUGCAGUACGAAAAUGCCGAUAGCUGCCUCGAUCCCACUGAGGUGAAAACCAGCAAACACUGUGAGGUGAUCAAAGGCUACAAAGCUUGCAUCAAGAGAAACGCAACACAGUCCCGAAACGGUCAAGAAAUCGGCGAAUCGCAGAUCAACGUAAGCAGCGACGAAUCGCAGAGCUCCAGUGACAAGUCCAGCACCAGCGUGUCGCUAUUGGCUGGACUGUGCGGGUUUGACCACGCCCCGAAACGCCCUCGCAGCGACUCGCCGGUGAUGACGAUCAUUCAGGAUGAUGAGAUAAUGGGCUUGACUUCGUUCAGUCCAUUUGAAGAUACGGUCAUCUCGGACAUUGAGGUGUAUCCGGUCACAAGACUAAAACACGGAGUAGAUAUUGGCAGCAUUCGAUCAACUAGCACAAGAAACUGUGAGCUUUCCACGAUACAAGAGACGCCGCAACACAGCGAGGCCGUCAGCACCGCAGCUUCGCAGCUCGCAGCUCAAGACAACACAGUCAGCAGCAGCAACAACACGCUCAGUCUGGACUCCAACAGCGCUGGCCAGUCACAGCCAGAAGAGGUCAGAGUUGAAGAGGUCGUAGGUCACAAAGAAAUCCUGGAGACAGAAGAAACAUCGUGUCAAGAUGCUGGUGACAGUAGGCGUACAGUAAGUGAAGAGUUAUUGUCGCCUAGGUUUGUAGUUUGUGAGAUAGAACCAGCAGCUACAGUGGAUGAUGAGUCUUCAGGGUCUUGCGUCCAAGAUGUUACAGAAGUCCCAACUCCAAAGAGGAUUUGUUCAAAGAAGGCCGUCGUCAAAUUGAAGAGAUUGAGUCAGGACAGCAAAGUCAGGAGAUAUCUGGAGAGCUCUACACUGAGUGAAGCUAUCAUGUCAUCGGACGACGUCAACGAAUCAUCAGACAGUGAAGACUCCUUCGUGCCAGACUCUGACAACGAAGACUCGGCAUCCACAUCGGACAGUAGCAGUCUGCCCUGCAUUGAGUUGCGGCCAGAUUCCGAGUGCCAACUGGUGCGUCGUUUCCCCUCACUCAUGGAAUACUUACAGGAAUCAUCGGAGGAGGACGGAAUGACUAAGGAUCACAGGAUGAGAGAAUGCACUGUGCGACUACGAAGGCUAAAGCCGACGGAAAUCGAUGCUUUUACUAAAGGGAAGUGCAACAUCAAUCUGGGACGCACUUCAGUUAACAGUAAAAGAAGUGCCAAGAUGUGAGAGUAGAGCCGGACUGUCGGUAUGGUAUGGGUUUAAAGAUUAACUUUGGUGCGGUUGAAAGCAAUUUGUGAUUUGCAGUUCUCACGUCUUUUUAACAGUAUUGCCCAUGUGCCUAUGAAAUGUACUAAGUCAUAUAAAACCAGGCGUGUUGUUAAGAGGCAAUAUUACAAUAAAACGUUUUACCACUUUGAACGUUUAA